UUUUCGUUCUCUUUCCAGUUUUCUCAUCAUCGGUGCUUUUUUGACUAAUCCCAAAGACAAAAACUUCAACUUCUCAAAUUCGAUCAUCCUACAAAUAAUAAUCGAUUAUUUCUGUAAGUCAUUCUACCUUCUAUCUAUCAAUCAUGCAUACAUACAUACAUUUUCGAUUCUCUUACCAUUUCCCGUUUUGCUUUUUUCUUUCUACCUAAUCUAUAUAUUUAUUUAUUCCAAUAAUUCCUCACUCAUUUUAUGAGCUACUAUAUUUUCUUCAAAAUUACGAUCAAUUGCAUUAAAAACAACAACAUCAUCAUCAAUUAUACAAAAAAAAUAAUUUAGGGGAUUUAUUCAUUAUUCACAAAAAUUAAUGCUUUAAGUCAUCCACCAUUUUUUUCCUACUGGGUUUCUCAAUUUCACAAAUAUUCAUCAAAUUAAGAGAAAAAAUUAUUGUGCAUUGGAUAUCUGGUUGAAGGAUUCAAGUGGGAUUGUGAGUAGAGGAGGAUGGCUUGUAGGGGUUUCUGGGAAUGUCUUUUGAAGCUUUUGAACUUUUUAUUGACCGUUACUGGUCUCGCAAUGGUGGGUUACGGGAUUUAUCUGCUCGUUCAAUUCAGUAAAGCUCCGGACAAUUCUAUCACGCUUUCUUCUGUUAGUGAUGAUCAAACUCUUGUUCAACUUGGCCGACCCAUGCUUAUAGCUUUGCCUCUUUCCGACAAUAUUUUUGAUGAUUUGCCUAAGGCUUGGUUUAUUUACUUAUUCAUUGGAGUUGGGGCGAUUCUCUUUGUCAUUUCUUGUUUUGGUUGUAUUGCAUCGGUGACACGGAAUGGGUGCUGCCUGAGCUGUUAUUCAUUUUUGGUAAUCUUGCUGAUCUUAGUAGAGCUUGGAUGUGCAGCCUUUAUAUUUUUUGACAAAAACUGGAAAGAGGAAAUUCCAAGCGACAAGACAGGAAAUUUUGAUACGCUAUAUGGCUUUCUGAGAGAGAACUGGACUAUUGUGAAAUGGGUUGCUCUUGGGAUUGUUGUCUUUGAGGCUCUUCUUUUCAUCUUAGCCCUUAUUGUUCGGGCUGCAAAUAGACCAGCAGAUUACGAUAGUGAUGAAGAGUUCAUUAAUCCAAGGCAGCAAUCCCGCCAGCCUUUGCUCAAUAAUAGACCAGCAGGCCCUGCACCAGGUGUACCAGCUACUGGCACAGUUGAUGCGCGUUCCAGCAGAAAUGAUGCAUGGAGUACAAGGAUGAGGGAGAAGUAUGGACUGGAUACAUCAGAAUUCACGUACAAUCCAUCCGAGUCACACAGGUUCCAGCAAGUAAACGCACAACCAACUGAAGAGAGAAGCCGUUGUACCAUAAUGUGAUCACUCCAAAGUCACAGCUAGCUGAAUUGCAAAGAUUGUUAUUGUGGGCAAUGAAGUUGAGGCUAGAAGUUUAUCAGUAAAACGUCUUUUGCUUAAUUUGUCUAUCAUUCACUCUAUACUGGAUCUCCAUCACUUUUUUCCAUGACAUGAAAACACAUCAUUUUGUUGGGUGUAACAUUCUGUUGAGUGAGAAAUCAUUGUCAUAGUUUAGGGGAGUAAAUGAAGUUGUUAAUCAUAAUGUUGUUACUAGUAUUUGGGGUCGAAACAGGUGCUUUAUAUCACCCUAUAAUUGAGUCGAAUGUAUCUCUGUGAAGCUACUCCCACACCAAUUAAAAUGCAUCACUUUCGGGUGUUUAUUUUUGUGUGCAACAUGUAAUGCGGUUAGGUGUGUGUGAGAUGCAACAUGUAAUGUGAUAAAAAAAAUUGAUGAAACCUUUUUGUAAUACUCGUUUAGAUUUCUUUUUCCUGUAA